AUGCACGCCAACCACCGAGACACAUGGUUAGUCAAAAUCCAAGAGUUGAACUCCGGUAAAGUCCGACUUCAGGAUCCACUCUCUAGCCUUGAUCUUGGAGAUUUGUCCAACAAGUUAUCCAAGCUGACAAAGUUACCCAGAUCAUUCAACUUGUUGGAUUAUCGGGUUAAGGAAGUAGCCAAAGCAUACAGACUUGAAUUGGUUGAUGAAUUUAGUAAGUCCAUUGUUUUUAGCAAAGCUGUUGUUUCAUCUCAUGAUGUGACUGGUGAUGGGUUUGCGGUUAUGGCGAUAGAUCAAGGAGAGCUGUUCUAUGCUUCCACGGCCAAAGGUCUUACCAUCUCUGUGGAUUAUACGUCUUUGACUGUUACUCAAGUGGCGGGUCCGCUGGAGAGGCUCACUUUUUGGACCAACUUGGUAAAGUCAUUUAAUGAUUUGUUUUUAAUCGUUGAUGCAGUGAUAUUUUGCUGGAAAUUUAACAGAAUUUCAGUUAGGAGUUUGAAACGUUUCUGGCGCCAAAAGUCUCCUGUUUUUGUCUUGCAUUCUGCCGUGUGUGAGCUGCUGAGUUUGGUGUAUUUUGCUGAUAUGUUUAGCAUUCUCCGGCCUAAGACACCAACAUUAAUUGUCAAGUGCUGGCCAUGGAGACAUGAACGGCAUCGUUUCAAGGUUUAUAAGCUUGAUGAAGAGAUGUGUGAGUGGGUUGAGGUGGAGGAUGGAUUGGAGGAUAGAGUGUUUUUUCUGGGUGAUGAUUGUUCCUUCUCUCUUGCGGCUAAAGAGUUCUCCGGAUGUAAAGGGAAUUCUGUUUAUUUCAAACAUGGUCCCUUCAGAAUUGAUGGUUUUCUCCCUGGAAUAGAUGGUGCGAUUUUUUACUUGAAGGACCGGACUGUUCGCCACCUCUUUGCAGAAUAUUCUAAGAUCUUAUGGCCUUCACCAAGUUGGGUGAAGUGA